AUGACGUAUUUAACGCAAGCACAACCUAUAAAAUCAAAUGAAUUUAUUCCAAUUAAUGAAGAAAAUAAUGAUGAUAAUUUGAUUAAUCAAAGUAUUUCUAAUGAAGAGAUGAAUAGCGAUAGUGAAGAAAACUUAGAUGAACCAUUUGGAUAUGAAGAAGAUAAUUUACAACCGAAAAUAUUACAAAUUCAUACAACUGAACAAGAAAAGAUUCCAGAAGAUGAUUUAACUAUAAUUAAUUCAAUUAUGAAAAAUAUUAAAUUACCUGAUUCUGCUAUACCUGAAUGGGCAAAAAGUAUACCUGAAGAAGCUUGGUUACCUAUUACAAAAUCAAAUGAUACAUAG